GACAUCCACGUGGCAAGUGUUGAGAGGCUAUGCUUCAGUGCUUGGGAGGAGGAGUCGUUCUUUCGCGUCCUUCUCGUUUCAGCUCGCACAAAGGAAACGAACGCUUUCUUCCACAUCGUCCCCUCCGUUGUCGCCGCCGCUGCUGCCUCCUCUCAGGGUCUGCUCAUCCUUGUCUAGAGGGAAAAAAAAAAUGGCUGCCCACAAAAUUGCACAUGCUACAUUGAAGGGACCGAGCGUCGUCAAGGAGAUAUUGAUGGGGUUUACAAUUGCUUUGGCCGCCGGCAGCCUCUGGAAAAUGCACCACUGGAAUGAGCAGAGGAAAGUUAGGGCAUUCUAUGAUAUGCUGGAGAAAGGUGAGAUCAGCGUGGUUGCCGAGGAAGAGUGAAGUUUCAGGUUUUUCCCGGACAACCUUAUCAGUGUCCAUUUUGUCUUUCCUUUGGUCCAACUCAAGUCGACAUGAGCUUUUACCGUCAAUGGGUUAAAUAAUAAGUAGGGAGAUUCGGACUCCGUUGCAGUUUCUGAAAGUGUAACUCUGUGAAGUUUAUUCUUUUGGAUCCAUGUGGUUUGGCUGGUAUAAGUCCUAAUGGUUAGUUUAUUUUCUGUGAAUUACUGGCAAGAAUUAUCCUUCUUUUCUUGUCCAAAUGCAGCACCUUCCUUUCAA